CUAAAUUCCUUGCAGUACAUGAGUUGACAAGUAGCCAAUGAGCGCCGUGACCGCUAUCACGUGACUCGGGCUGAGCGCUUCCUGCGGCUGUGCAAAACAGACUGGCGAUCUCGGCAACGGAGAAUUGCAGUUUCUGGCAGUGGAAGAAGCAGACCAAUCCAUGGCUUCGGCUCCUAUAGCGCCUUACAACUCCAGUCACCUGGGGAACAGCUCCAGCCAAAACACAUCCAGAGAGAGUCUAAAGAUGGAGCCGCUGGCAGAGCUUGCGUCACUGCCGGGAGAAGAGAGAAUUAUCGAUAAAGAGAUCAUCUACAUUUGCCCGUUUAAUGGUGCACUGAAAGGAAAGGUGUUCAUCACCAACUACAGACUUUACUUCAAGAGCACUGACUCGGAAACACCAGUUACUCUGGAUGUGCCCUUAGGUGUCAUAAGCCGUAUAGAGAAGAUGGGCGGAGCUACCAGUCGAGGAGAGAACUCUUACGGGCUUGAAAUCACCUGCAAGGACAUGAGGAACCUGCGAUUUGCUCUAAAGCAAGAAGGCCACAGUCGAAGAGACAUCUUCGAGAUUCUUUUCAAAUAUGCUUUCCCGCUGUCUCACGGCAUGCAACUCUUUGCGUUUCUGAGUCAGGAGAAGUAUGAGGAGAAUGGCUGGACCGUCUAUGAGCCCAUGGAGGAGUUCAGGAGGCAGGGUCUACCCAAUAGUGAGUGGAGGGUCACUUUCAUCAAUAAGAGCUACGAGCUGUGCGACACCUAUCCCACACUUCUUGUUGUCCCAUAUAAAGCUCCUGAGGAAGAUCUUAGACGAGUCGCUACAUUUAGAUCUCGUGGCCGCAUCCCGGUGUUAUCAUGGUUUCAUAAGGACAACCACGCUGUGAUCACACGGUGUAGUCAGCCUUUGGUGGGGAUGAGCGGCAAACGCAACAAAGAUGAUGAGCGUUAUUUGGACUUAGUCCGCGAGGCCAAUGGUACCACAAAACUCACCAUUUACGACGCCAGGCCCAAUGUAAAUGCUGUGGCGAACAAGGCCACGGGCGGAGGUUACGAGGGCGAAGAUGCAUAUCAGAAUGCUGAGCUGGUCUUUCUGGACAUUCACAAUAUCCAUGUUAUGAGAGAGUCAUUAAAGAAACUAAAGGACAUUGUCUACCCUAAUGUGGAAGAGUCUCAUUGGCUGUCCAGCCUGGAGUCGACGCACUGGCUAGAACAUAUCAAGCUGGUGUUAUCGGGGGCCAUCCAGGUGGCAGAUAAGGUGUCGUCUGGAAACUCUGUGGUGGUUCACUGCAGUGACGGCUGGGACCGUACGGCUCAGCUCACCUCUCUGUCCAUGCUGAUGCUGGACUCUUACUACAGAACUUUCCGGGGCUUCCAGGUGCUGCUGGAGAAGGAAUGGGUCAGCUUUGGACACAAAUUUGCUUCGAGAAUCGGACAUGGAGACAAAAACCAUGCGGAUCAGGACAGAUCACCUAUCUUUGUGCAAUUCAUCGACUGCGUCUGGCAAAUGACUAAGCAGUUCCCAACAGCAUUUGAGUUUAAUGAACGUCUCCUGGUGGUAAUCUUGGAUCACCUGUACAGCUGCCGCUUUGGCACUUUCCUCUACAACUGCGAGAGUGUCCGUGAUAACAAUAACGUCCGGACGAAGACGGUGUCUCUGUGGUCUUUCAUCAACAGUGACACAUCCUCGUAUAUAAACCCUUUCUACACGCCGGAGUCCAGUCGUGUGCUUUACCCCGUAGCCAGUAUGCGCCACCUAGAGCUGUGGGUGACUUAUUACAUCAGGUGGAACCCUCGCAUACAACAUCAGCAACAGAGUCCAGUGGAGCAGCGUUAUAAGGAGCUAUUAGCAUUGAGGGAUCAAUACCUGAAGAAACUGGAGGAACUGCAGCUCACAGACUCCGCCCCAUCCUCCACCCACUUGACAAACAGCUCCACCCCCAACGCUGCCACGCCCAAUCAGCACCUUACACACUUACAAACGCCAUUUUGAUUUCACUCGCAAACUGUUACGGACAUUGAACGUUUGUACAUAGCAAUAGUAAUAAUAGGGUAACACACAGUAGUGACGUCGAUUACGACGAGUAACAAAACAAUUAUGCAAUAAACCACAGUACAGCCUUCAUCGCGCAAAAACGCCUUAAAGUAACAGUGCUGUUUUUUUGUGCUGCAUACCAUGGACGGAAGUGAUUGAAAUUGUGUACGCGUAUCCCAGAAUCCACUUGGAUACUAUUUGGAACGGUCAUGUGAUUGAGUUGGGUGGAUGUGAUUUAUCUGAUGUGUUAUGUAUGUUAUUAAGGAUCUAUAGUAUGUCUAGAUCUGACCUGGAGUAGAGUUGAAACAUUUUUGAAUGUUGAGCACUGAAGAUAGCGUCUGUAGGGUUUUAGAGACCGAGUGCUGGUCUUACUGUUUUUGAAGUGCUGAUAACUUUAGUCAUCAUUAUAUCCAGUCAAUCCAGUGUCAAGCAGGGUCCUCAGCCUUUGGAAGAGCAAUCGUUUCAUAUGUCAAUUUAAGCUUGUGAUGGACUGAAGGCUGACCAUGAGAGGUCGAGGAAGCAGAUGCGUGAAGUAAAUAUCUUAAUUUAAAAAAAAAUGUCAUAGGUGAGUGAACAAUAUGGUUGGAAAGUGUCCUGAACAUUUGACUAGAUUUUUGAACUCAACCAGGGUUUUUUUUAAGGGAGUGACAGACCAUUUCUGUGCCUUGAUUCAUAUCUGAGGUUUUCAGGUGUAUAUUUUAUAACGAAACAUUGUUUUUCGUCAUGGCAGCGUCAGUGAUUUCCAUUUGCCGGGUGUUUGGUGACGGGUUGAUUCAUCGCCUGGUGAACUCGGUGAGGGGCGAGUACUACAUACUGGGUUGCCCCUUUAAAACGAUGUGCAGUUGCCACGGAAAGCUAUAAUUCGGCCUCUAAUGGGGUUGACAGUAUUGCUCCAAAGAGACAUCACAUAGCAUUAAAAUACUGCAUAGUCAUUUCGGUAGGACAGGAUAGUUGUCGGAGCUGUCCUCAAAUCAGUUUUUUUCCAUUAUAGGAGCCGUCACCGAUGUGGGGUAUUGAGUAACUGAAAACAUUAUGGGGGUUACUGUGUGAUGUUGCUAAUGCUGCCUCCGAAAACUGAACUUCUAAAGACUUUGACCUCAAUGAGGAUAUGAAGUUUAAACCAUAGUGUGUGUGAAGAAGAAAAUGUUCAAUAAACAAACAAACCAUUUGGGGUUGGUUGUUUUUAGGGGAGAAAUGACACAAAAUCUAUUUUUAUUUUGUACAAGUACCAGAACUAUGUUAUUACCUCAAAACAAAACCUAUUUUACUGUUGAAAGUUCUAUUGUUGUAAAGUAGAAUUAUUUUAUUCCGUGUAAAAAUUGACAGUUUUAUAAAAAUGGAAAGUAAUGAGAAACAAAUGAUGGUUUUGGUAACUGUAGGUAAUUAUUUGAACAUCCUCGUAUGUAUCUAAUUUCUUAUUUUGUUUGUUUGUUUCUGUAACGGGCAUUUAGGUUUUGCUUUGUAACAUUUUAAAGAUCGGAGUAUGAUCUGAAUCUGUAGGGAAGUCUUUUGUUCUCGAUUUAUUUGCUCAAUGCAUGAGAUUGAGUGAAAGAAAGCUGCACUCUUGAUUUUUUUCUGACAUUUUCUUAAGUUAGACAUAAUAGUUUAAAGGGAACUAUUUGUGUUUUGUAUUCCCUCAUGUAUCCUCUAUUUGUUGGCCAGCUGUUGUUCUGUACAUAAUGCUGAUUAAAUUAAUUUAAACAAGUUCAUAUGAAAAA